UUAUUAUCAUUUUCCGCUGAUAGCAGAAAUUAUCAGCAUUAAUUUAUAGAGAAAAAAGAUAUAUUAUAGUUGGAAAGAAAAGUUUGUAUAAUAUUUUUGCAACUUCUUGUGCUAAAAAGAAUAUACAUUCGUUGCAUGUUUGUGAUAAUUGAUCAAAUAUGCCACUAACUUAUAAGGAAGGAAAAGAUACUAUUAUAUUUGCAACUAAGGAAGAUCAUGCGACACCUAGUAGUAUAGAUCUUCCUGAACCAGAACCGAGUCCAGGUCUGAUAUUGCCUAAUGGAGAAAUCAAUUGGAAUUGUCCUUGCCUUGGGGGCAUGGCUACUGGACCAUGCGGAUUAGAGUUCAGAGAAGCUUUCUCGUGUUUCCAUUAUUCCAAUGCGGAUCCUAAAGGUUCAGAUUGUUACGAUGCAUUUAAAACUAUGCAGUCAUGCAUGAACCAGUACCCAGCAUUAUAUGGAAAGCACGAGAACCUGGAUGAAUUUGAUGAAGACAUGGAUCCAGAAGAGCUUUCUAACCAUAAGGAGGGUGACAGUAAACUUUCUGACCAACAGAAUCCAUUAGAAUCGAAAAGGGAUGAAAGGUCAGAGCCUUCUAGUACAAAAGUAGAUAUAGAAAGAACUAAUGUUCAUUGAGUGUUCGUCAUCUUGCCAUUAAGCGAACAACGUGACGCGAUCACGUUAAAUGGCACUUAGAACAAAUUUUUAUCGGGACUUAAUGGAAUAGGAUAUCUGUAGUUCUCACAAUGCAUAGAUUGUGUGACACGCUAUGUUCGAAGGAAAUAAAGUAUUCGUAUUUUUCUCGUA